AUGGCAGUACACCCCCUCCCCUCCCAUCUUGGCAGUACACCCCAUCCCCCCAUCAUAGUAUUACACCCCCUCCCUUCUUGGCAGUACACCCCCUCCCCUCCCAUCUUGGCAGUACACCCCUUCCCCUCUCAUCUUGGCAGUACACCCCCUCCCCUCCCAUCUUGGCAGUACACCCCUUCCCCUCUCAUCUUGGCAGUACACCCCCUCUCUUCCCAUCAUAGCAGUACACCCCCUCCCCUCCCAUCUUGGCAGUACACCCCCUCCCUUCCCAUCAGGACAGUACACCCCUCCCUUCUGAUCACGGCAGUACACUCCCUCCCUUCCUAUCAUAGCAGUACACCCCCUCCCCUCCCACCAUGA